GUUUGAACAGAAAAUGGCUACUUUAUUGUAUGGAAAUUCAGUGCAAAAAGGAUGGGUGUGGCUGCUCAGGCUAUGUAUCAUUCUCCUCCUGGCAUCUGUUAUGGUUAGAUGUUCUUUUGACAAAGGUGGUGUAAAAGUUUCCACUUUGCUGCCCAAAAAUCAAAUGGAGAUGAAGCAAAAUUUGGUUGGAAAGGUGCAACAAGAUCAAUCCGGGGGUUGGAAGGAUUGUGAAGAUAAUGAUGGAGAAGAAUGCUUAGAUCGAAGAUUUCUAGAAGCUCAUACAGAUUAUAUCUAUACCCAACAUCACAACGGCCCAUAGAGUACAUAGUUCUUUCUCAAUACACAUGUCAUCAAAACUUAUCUUCCAUGGUGUGAAGGGAGGGUAGAAAUAUACUCUAAGGUUGUUAAGUGAAACGGAGUGUUGUCUUGUACUAUGUAUGUUUUAUGCUUCAAUAUGUUACUGUAGUGAAGUCUUUGGGUUGUUCAUGCUUGUAUAGAGAAAUUGGCAUUCAAGUUCAAUAUGUAAAGUGUGAACUUGAUAUAUCUU